UCUGUUGGUCUCAGUGACACCGGUACCCCGCCCCUUCCUCCCGCGGGAUCGCAGGGCUCCGUGGUCCGCGGGGGCAGGGGAGGCGGGCGGGGCGGCGGCUGGCGCAGCUCCGGACUCUGCCCGGCCCUGGGCGGCGGCUGCAACCAGGCGGGCGGGCGACGUGGAGCGGCCACGUGGAGCCGCCCGGGGGAGGGCAGGCGGCUGGUGGCAAGGCACCCGCGGCGCGGCAGCCUGGAGCUCGCACGAAGCCGAAGCCGGAGCCCCAGCCCGGCUCAGCGCCUCCGCAGCAGAUCCAGUUCUAGGAAGGAUGUCACCUUGGCAGAUGAGAGCGUUAAUGCUGCCACUGCUGCUGCUCCCGCUGAGUCAAGCUGCUCCCAAGGAUGGCGCCACAAGGCCAGACCCUGAAGCUCAGCAGCAGACCCUGUCCAACCCCUUCCAGCCAGACCCAGAGCAGCUCCGACUUCUGCAGAACUACCUAAAGGGACUAGAAAGAAUGGAAGAGGAGCCAGAGCACAUGAAUCGGGAACAGGUUCUCCUCUACCUUUUUGCCCUCCAUGACUAUGACCAGAGUGGACAGCUGGAUGGCCUGGAGCUCUUGUCCAUGUUGACAGCAGCUCUGGCUCCAAGGGCUGCUGACUUUCCCAUCAACCCGGUGAUCCUGGUAGUGGACAAGGUGCUCGAGACCCAGGACCUGAAUAGGGAUGGGCUCAUGACCCCUGCAGAGCUCAUCAACUUCCCAGGAGAGGCCCCUGGGAAUGCAGGGCAUACAGAGCCCAGAGAGCCCCUCGCUCCAGCUCCUCAGGAACUACAAGCUGCUGGAAGACAGCCCCCAUUGGCUAAGAUCCCACUGAAACAAGAAACCCUGGAAGCCCUGGGUCUCAGAGAAGAAGCUGGAGGCCAGGAAGAAGCCAGAAGGGAAUCCUUGGAGCCUAUACAGGAGGCUGGGCAUCAGGCGGGGGCUGAAGGGGAUACCCCAGGCUCCACAGGGGAGGCCAGGGGGCAGGUAGAGGCUGAAGGAGAUGCUCCAGGUCCUGGAGGGGAGGCCAGGGGACAGGUAGAUGCUGAAGGAGAUGCCCCAGGUCCUGGAGGGGAGGCCCCAGGACAGGCAGUGGCUAGGGACAAUGGAAGGGAAGGCAAAGAGCUUCCAGGAGAAACACAGGAGUCCAAGAACACCCCAAAUGAGUUUGAGGUCCAUAAUAUUCAACUGGACAAUGAUGAGAUGUAAGCCUGGAGGAGACAGGCCUGUGUCCCUUGUGUUCUCUGUGAAGGAACAUAAGCUCAAAGGGUGGGGGUGUAUACGUUGGAAUGAGGACCACCUCUGGGUCCCCUUUCUGGCCCCAGUGGAUGGCAGGUCUUUCUGUGCAGGUCUUUCUGAGCUUAGGGGGGCCCCGUAAGUUAAGGGACAGCUUUCAGGCCCAAACAACAAAUAAACAAUGAAAUGAAUUCUU